AUGUCAGGAACUGAAAAGUUUCCUAUCCUAUUAAUAGGAAAAUCCAAGUCUCCGCGAUGUUUCAAAGGUGUUAAAACUUUGCCUGUGAAUUACCGAAAUAAUAAAAAGGCAUGGAUGACAUCCAUUAUUUUUUGGUUGAAGAAUUUAAACCAAGAAAUGAAAGCCCAGAAGCGAAAAAUUUUAAUGUUCGUGGACAAUGGUACUGCUCACAAUAAUAUACCCGAGCUAAGCCACAUUAAACUCGCGUAUCUGUCUGCGAAUACUACAAUAACUGAAGCUGAAAGCUUACAAGAGGAGGACGAAAAUUUAGAAACUGAUCCUGAAGAUUGGAACUUAGCCAUCAGCAACGACAAUAAUCAACAGCCAACAUUCCAAGAUUUUAUAAACGUCGAUGACGGUUUAAUAGUUUCAGAACUUAAUGAAAGCGACAUUGUUCAUGCCUUCUCGUCUUCUUUAUUGGAAAAUGAAGAAGAAGGCGAUGAAAUGAGCGCGGAAGUAAAUUUAGUAAAAAUUUCUAAACGCGAAGCAGUAAAAGCACUAGAAACUUUGCACAGUUAUUUUGAAAUGUCAUCAAUUGGUGACCAAAGCAUAUUCAUAACAUCGAAAAACAUCUGA